AUUCACUAUCGUUCAAUACCAGUUCCGACCGCGAACUCUACCUCUAUUAUUUUGCGCGAUACUGCGAUGCGGCAAAACCGCAAAUACAUUUAACAACGCAUAAACACUUGAACAAGCGAUGAUGAUGAUUAUUGAUCUUAAGGCGUUCGUUGUAUGGCAAGACGUGAAAAAAGUUUUUCACUGCAAAACACAGAAUAACUGAACAACGUGCUAUUAAUUCGACCGAAAACUGUCGGCAACAAACAAAUACACAACCAACAGAAGAAUACCACACAUCGAAUCAAUGCAUUCCGCAGUUUUGUAUAUAUUGGUGUAUAUUGAAUGUAUUCAAUAAAUGUGAUGAUGCUUUAAUGUGUGUUUCUAUAUUGUUCUGCUUGCAAUUUCAAACCAAAAAAAAAAAAAAAAAUUCUUACCGAAUCGACUUGAUGCGCGUGAAAAUAUCUAAAAACAAAAACAACAAUAACAAAACCAUGCAAAGCAUCAACGAAUCACAAAAAUUAACGUGCAUCUUGUUUCCAUCGGCUGCCGAACUUAUGGUGCUUUCGUUUACAAUAUUUUCGUAGCACAUAAAUGAACAGAGUCCAGAGAAAACGCAUCACACAGCACAUGUAUCACACACAGCAGCAUCAAUCUCGCGCGUGGUUGAUGAAUGAAAAUGAUGUGAUCGGGGAAAUUUCCAACAAAAACCAAAACGUAGCAAUAAACAACAAUAGAGCUAAUAAACCAUCCAUUUGGUGUGUAGACAUCGUCGUACCCAGCGCGCAUUGUUUUCAAUUCGUUUGUUUUGUGAUAAGUUUCAGUCGUUGUGCAAUUCCUUUGAAUUCAUUGUGAAUCAUGAGAAAUUCGAUAAAAGGAAGUGUGGGAAAUUUUCUGUGCUGAAUAAUUGCCAAAAUAAGAAAAAUAAAAUAAACAAUGAUAAAUUGCCUUUUAUUUCUUGUUGAGAUUCUAUAAUUUUCUAUGUGUGAAUAAACCAAAAAUAAUCAAAUAAAAUGAAUAAGAAAGUGAACUUUAUCUAAAGAAUAUCUAAAUAAAAGGACCGAAUUUAAAAUUAGUUUUACAUUUGCUUUCGAAAAUUGAGUCAUUAUAUUUAAAAUGAGCAUAACAUAAUUUGGCGCAGCUUGAGAUAUGGCACGGUGGACUGAACCAGUAAUUGCUACGUUCCUUUUAGUUCUAUUUCAAAGAAUUAUGUACAGUUCAUCGGAUAUUCGAUCAAAUUGUCGAAUUAUGGGUCUAACACGUGAGCAGCUAGAUUUGUGCUAUAAGGCAAAUGAUGUUACCAUCGCUGCAUUAGACGGUUUGGAUUUGGCCAGGCGUGAGUGUCAAUUACAGUUUCAGUGGCAUCGUUGGAAUUGUUCAUCACUAAAUAUAAAGAAACGCAAUCCAUUCACAUCGAAUCUAUUCAAAAAAGGCUACAAGGAGAGUGCAUUUGCAUACGCCAUUUCAGCGGCUGGAACUGUACAAAGCAUCGCCAGAAGCUGUAGCCAAGGUCGAUUAAUUUCAUGCGGAUGUGAUCCGUCCGUUAAUCGAAAAGGACUUACCAAAUCGUUACGCAAAUAUUUGGAGCUGGAUAAACAGCAUUUCUUUCAAACAAUUGACAACCGUAUUAUUAACGCAGCGCCCACACCUAGAUUGAAAGCGUCCAAUCAAUGGAAAUGGGGCGGGUGUUCGGCUGAUAUGAACUUUGGCAUUGAAUUUUCUGAAUUAUUUUUGGAUUCACUCGAAAAGGCCGGAGACAUUCAGUCAAAAAUCAACUUACAUAAUAACCACGUUGGACGCAUGGCAGUGGCGAAUAAUAUGCAGAUUCGGUGUAAGUGUCAUGGCUUGAGUGGAUCUUGUCAAUUAAAAACGUGUUGGAAGUCAGCUCCUGAAUUUCGAAUAGUUGGCAAAGUGUUGAAGCACAUGUUUCGCAAUGCAAUUUUAGUGAAUCAAUCGAAUAUGGGAAAUGGUGAGGCAUUAAUACCAUCAAAUCGAUUUGGUGGUAAACAUCGCAGUCGAAAUGCGAUUCGAUCCCCUCGAAAAAUUUUCAAUAAACACUCGUCGAUGCGUUCCAGUGAAAAAGCAAAUGAAAAUACAUUAUUUUAUUACCAGCGUUCGCCAACAUUUUGUGAUCGUGAUCCAUUGGCUGACAUCCAUGGAACAAGUGGUCGCAGAUGCAAUCUCAACUCAACUGGUGUUGGAAGCUGUUCGUCAAUGUGCUGCGGUCGUGGUUAUAAUUUAGUCAAAGAACAUCGCGUCGAGAAAUGCGCCUGUAAAUUUCAAUGGUGUUGUCAUGUUAAAUGCGAAACAUGUAUAUACGAUGAAUGGAUUAGCACUUGCAAAUAAAAACAAUCAACCAAUAUAGAUUUUACAAUAAAAACAAAUCCCUCUAAUCAUACCCUUCGAUUCAAUAGAUUCCUAUUUCAUCCUUUUAUCUUAAAACCGUGCCAAAUGUCAUACGUCCAUGUCAAAAU